ACGCCUUUCUCAGUGAGCGAUAUUUUGAGCCCGAUCGAGGAGACCUUCAAGAAGUUUGCAGCCAUGGAGAGCAGCGCGUGCCUGGCGUCUCCUCUGUACAGACAGACUCAGGUGUCUCAGGCGAACCUGCAGCAGCACAGCAUGAGCCAUAACACCUACCACAUGCCGCACUCGCAGUUCUCGCACAGCGCCAUGGGAGGAUACUGCAACGGCACCAUCGGCACCAUGGGAGACCUGCCGUCCUACCAGGAGAGCAUGAGGAACGGCGCGACGGCCACGGCUUGGUACGGCUCGAACCCGGAGCCCAGAUAUCCGACAAUCUCCAGGUUUAUGGGUCCAUCGGCGGGCGUGAACAUGGGAACAUUACCGGGCAUGGAUGCAAGUAAA